ACUCCCCAGGGAAUUUCCCUUUCCUUAAGGCCAAUCCCAUAUGUGUUCCUGGUCUGAGAGAGGCCAGGGGAAGAAUGGAGCUACAGGAGAAGAGUGACCUGGGAGAUGGGAGGCUCUAAGUCCUCUUGGCCACUGUGGGCUGGAGGAAGGUGAUGGCCUCAUUGUCCUUCCCAUGGACAAGUCAGCACGACAAAGCCUAUCCUCUCACGGCAGUCUGGCCCAUCCCAGCACCCUGUCCUCCAUUAAGCAAUCACACAUUCUUUUGGGAACCAACUAUGAGAAAGGGUCUGUGUGUACCACGUACUGUGUAAUACUUAACAUACUGGAUUUGCACUGAAAUUACAACACAUGUGAGGAACAGAGCCAUCCUCAUGAAAAAAUACCAAGGCAUAGCAACAUUAUGGAAGAGCUAAUUACUCGUGAACCUUGAAGGAAGGGUAGAAUUCAGACAGGUGAACAGGACAGAAAAGCAAUUCAGAUGCGGCACUGACUGGAUGAAGGCACUGAGACCUGAGGGACCGAGGAAGAGAUAAGUUUGGCUGAAGCUGAAUCUUCUUAGAGGAGAGCAGAGAUAAGAUCAGCUGGAGUGCAGUGGCCAUAAUAGCUCACUGCAGCCUUGAUCUCCUGGGCUCAAGCAAUCCUUCCACCUCAGCCUCCUGAAUAAUUGAGACUACAGGAACGUGGGGGAAGAUCCUAUGGAACCACAGAACACCACACAGGUAUCAAUGUUUGUCCUCUUAGGGUUUUCACAGACCCAAGAGCUCCAGAAAUUCCUGUUCCUUCUGUUCCUGUUAGUCUAUGUCACCACCAUUGUGGGAAACCUCCUUAUCAUGGUCACAGUGACUUUUGACUGCCAGCUCCACACACCCAUGUAUUUUCUGCUCCGAAAUCUAGCUCUCAUAGACCUCUGCUAUUCCACAGUCACCUCUCCAAAGAUGCUGGUGGACUUCCUCCAUGAGACCAAGACAAUCUCCUACCAGGGCUGCAUGGCCCAGAUCUUCUUCUUCCACCUUUUGGGAGGUGGGACUGUCUUUUUUCUCUCAGUCAUGGCCUAUGACCGCUACAUAGCCAUCUCCCAGCCCCUCCACUAUGUCACCAUCAUGAACACUCAAUUGUGUGUGGGCCUGGUAGUAGCCGCCUGGGUGGGGGGCUUUGUCCACUCCAUUGUCCAACUGGCUCUGAUACUUCCACUGCCCUUCUGUGGCCCCAAUAUCCUAGAUAACUUCUACUGUGAUGUUCCCCAAGUACUGAGACUUGCCUGCACUGAUACCUCCCUCCUGGAGUUCCUCAUGAUCUCCAACAGUGGGCUGCUAGUUAUCAUCUGGUUCCUCCUCCUUCUGAUCUCUUAUACUGUCAUCCUGGUGAUGCUGAGGUCCCACUCAGGAAAGGCAAGGAGGAAGGCAGCUUCCACCUGCACCACCCACAUCAUCGUGGUGUCCAUGAUCUUCAUUCCCUGUAUCUAUAUCUACACCUGGCCCUUCACCCCAUUCCUCAUGGACAAGGCUGUGUCCAUCAGCUACACAGUCAUGACCCCCAUGCUCAACCCCAUGAUCUACACCCUGAGAAACCAGGACAUGAAAGCAGCCAUGAGGAGAUUAGGCAAGUGCCUAGUAAUUUGCAGGGAGUAAACUUUAAGUAAGUUGACUUUAAAUGACAAAUUUAUCUGGAUUUUUAUUUUCCCACAUGAAAAAUGGAGGAAAGUCUUUAUAAAGCAUAACAAAUCAGAUUACACUUAUAUUUCUUGAGGACCUAGUGCUGUGUCAAGUACUGUGUUAAGCACUUCCACGCUUUUUUUCUUUUUUCUUUUUUUAGAUGGAGUCUUGCUCUGUCACCCAGGCUGGAGUGCAGUGGUGCAGUCUAGGUUCACUGCAACCUCCACCUCCCGGGUUCAAUGAUUCUCCUGCCUCAGCCUCCCGCGCAGCUGGGAUUACAGGCACCCGCCACCACGCCCGGCUAAUUUUUGUAUUCUUAGUAGAGACGGGGUUUCACCACAAUGACCAGGCUGGUCUCGAACUCCUGACCUAGGUGAUCCACCCGCCUUGGCCUCCCAAAGUGCUGGGAUUACAGGCGUGAGCCACAGCGCCCGGCCUAACACUUCCACAGUUUUAUCUCAUUACUUUUCAUGAAACCGACAGUAGAUAUAUUAUUAUUGUUAUUAAACAGUUUUACAAAUGAGAAAACGCAGAGAGAAGUGACUUGCUCAAAGGUGAACAGUAAGUGAGUGGCAGAGCUUGCCCUGGAACCUGGUUCUUCUUGACUCCAAGUUUAGAGGCAAGAAAUAAGAAUGGGAUUUGAAACUCAAGAGUUUCCUGCGACCACAAGAGAAAACCUAGAGAGGUCUUCGUCUAUAGAGAAGUAUCUCUGAUGAAUGGUCAACUGCUUCAUCUUAACUCUGGGACAGUUACAUUCUUUUCUGCUCCCCACCUCCCUGCCUCAUUCCCCACUGUGGAAUUUAGAAAGUUAUCUCGCCCUCCCGUCUCCCCCACAGAAAAAGUUUGAGUCGCCGCUGCGGGUUGCUAGCGGAGUCGCGCGCCGCGAGCUACGUAGGGCAGGGAAGGCAUGGCUUCUGUUUUCGUCCGAUGAGGAGGGGCCAGCGGUGGCGGUCGGGCCAGGUCCGGGGCCUGGGGACGCCGAGGCGGCCGCGGAGGAGCGCCGCGUCAAGGUCUCCAGCCUGCCCUACAGUGUGGAUGCGCUCGUGUCGGACAAGAAGCCGCCCAAGGAGGCAUCCCCAGUGCCGGCCAAAAGCGCCUCGGCCGGGGCCACCCUGCGGCUACUGCUGCUGCCGGGGCACGGCGCUCGGGAAGCGCACAGCCCCGGGCCGCUGAUCAAGCCCUUCGAGACCGCCUGGGUCAAGUGGGAAAACUCCCUAAGACGGAGCGGCGUGGAUGCAGGAACCCUGCUGAUAAUUCGCGGCCGCCAAGACACAUGAGCCCUACCACCUGCACCCUGAGAAAACACAAGACCAAUCCGAAGCCGCGCACAGCCUUUACCACGUCCCAGCUCCUCGCUCUGGAGCUCAAGUUGCUCCAGAAACAGUACCUCUCCAUUGCAGAGGGUGCGGACUUCUCCAGCUCUCCGAACCUCAUGGAGACUCAGGUCAAAAUCUGGUUCCAGAACCGAAGGGCCAAGACGAAAAGACGGCAGGAGUCAGAACUGGAAAAGCUGAAAAUGGCUGCAAAACCUAUACUACCCUCCAGCUUCAGUCUCCCUUUCCCCAUCAGCUCGCCCCUGCAGGCAGCGUCCAUAUACGCAGCAUCCUACCCGUUCCAUAGACCUGUGCUUCCCAUCCCGCCCGUGGGACUCUAUGCCACGCCAGUGGGAUAUGGCAUGUACCACCUGUCCUAAGGAAGACCAGAUCAAUAGACUCCAUGAUGGAUGUUUGUUUCAAAGGGUUUCCUCUCCCUCUCCAAGAAGGCAGGACCAGCCAAUACUCCUGUUCUGCAAACCCUGAGUGCACCACCCUAAGCGGCUAGGCCGGCAGGGCCACACGACAUAGCUGAAAUUUGUUCUUUAGGCGGAGGCACCAAGCCUUGUUUUCUUGGUGUAAUCUUCCAGGUGCCCCCUUCUCCUUUCACAAAGAUUGGCUCUGAUGGUUUUUAUGUAUAAAUAUAUAUAUAUAAUAAAAUAUAAUACAUUUGUA